AUAGUCAUGUCAGUGCUUUUGAAAUAUUGCAUUCCUCUACUGCCCUUCCAGGUGCCGAUUACCUAUCAAUAUGUUGAUGACCUUCUCCUUGCUAUUCCCGAAGACAGGACUGCUACGACUUUGGCAGUUUUCAAUAACUACGACCCACACAUUAAGUUUACUGCAGAAGAAGAAACUGAAAAUGGUGUCCCAUUCCUUGACACCAAAGCUAUCAGGUAUGUUUCGUAGAAUUAAGAAAAUCUGCCAUCCAGACUUUCUUCAUAACAGUGAAGAAAAGUUGCUUAAGAUCUUUGAGAACAAUGGUUACCCUAGGAUGUUUUUGAACAGAUGUCGGCAUUCUCUAACUUCUGACCAAGUCGACGAGGUCCCACAAAUAAGAACAUCGACAUUAGUCGAACCUGCCACACAUGACAAAUAUGUAAGCCUGCCCCUCAUUCCACCAUUAACAGGUAAAUUGACCAAAAUUCUAAAAGAAAUUGAGAACAUAAAAAUUGCGAAGUACAAUCCUUUAGUAGUAGGCGUUCUUUUCAGCCAAACUAAAGAUAGGAUCCACACCAUGUCUAGAUCUGACGUGGUUUAUCGCAUUCCAUGUGAGAACUGUGAGUCUGUGUAUGUUGGACAGACAUCACAAUGUUUGAAAAGACGUAUCUCAAUACAUAAGAGUGACGCCAGAUUACGACCUGAUAGAUGUGCAUUAGCUAGCCAUUCGUCCUCUCUAGACCACCAUUUUAAGUUUGAUGAAGUUGAAAUAUUAUGUACCAAUUCUAACUACAAUAAAAGAAGUUUCCUUGAAAUGUGUUUUAUAAAUGAAAAUGAAAAUAAUAUAAAUAAGAAGACUGACUUGAAGAAUUUAAGUGUUGUAUAUAGUUAUUUGUUAUCCUUAGAUCGUAGGCCAUCUAGACAAACAUGACUUUAUGUCACUUUGUGAAUUGUUGUUUUCUCUGUGUUCCCCUGUUCUGUGAGUUUUAACCUUUAAAAUUGACAUAUGCAUUACGGCAACGUUUCUGAUAUUUCUACGAUUAUUGUAUUUUUAUUGAAUUUUAUGAGUAGAAGACCAAUUAUAGCUGCACUUAUCAUCUUAAAUAACACUGUCCAGUCAGAUGUAAGCAUAGAUUGCUGUUUUUACAACUUUGUAAUUUGUGUAAUUUUUUUAGCAUCCUGAAGAAGAAACGCAUAUUGUUUCGAAAUAUAGAUGAAUAGACUAUAG